AUGGAGAGUCCGGUGCCAUAUAGCAGAGGGUUGCAGAAACAUUCGAUCACGAAGCAAGCGCGAAGUGGAUAUGAACCAUCUGAUACAGAGACAGAAUUGCAUGAAGCUCCUUGGAAUCAAUUCAAUAAAAAGAGCUUAGAAUUGGGAUCUGGAGUACCAAAGAUGAAUUCCGAAGAAACUAGAAAUUUAAAUCAUCUGAGACUCAACAGAAGACACUCUUCAAAGUUCGAUCCUGAAGGUCUCCCACCUCCGAGAAGACACAGCAAAUCUCCAUACAAGACACGACGAGAUGACGCGAAUCCCCGAUCACCAACUCUCGGCCCACUUCCUCUUCCACCUGGCAGAAACAUCAGCCCCUUUUCAAAAUCUGAGCGUAGGAGACACGUUUCACCUUUUCUACAAUCGCAUGAUCCAUUAGAUGAUAAUGAUGAAGCUAAUGGCUCAUAUAUCAAGCAAAAACACAGACAAUCAAAUCAUGAUUACACUAGAACAUUGUCAGCAUCCAGACUUCGACCAAAGGACAAAGACCAAAGGGUAAAAAGGAGAGACGAAAGAAGUAGAACACCUCCAUUACGCCGAAGUAUUACCCCAAGAAAAGACAAAGAAGUAAAUUCCAAGAAUUCUCAUGCUCCUUCUGUAGGCGAGAUCAAUGAAAUGGUUGCAAAUGCGAAACUCUCCAAGAGUCCAAUCCGACGUGGCGCAGUUUUCGAUAGCACAGACUCUCUUCCAGGUGGAGAUAUCUUCUUUUCUCGAGAUUAUCCACCAGUUUCAAAACCGAAAGUCUUCAUAGAAAAGAAAUCCUACAAAUCAAACACCAUUCCUAACUACAACACUCCUGGUAUUUACUCUUCUAGUCUUUUAACUCCUACAACUAUCAUCUCAACUUCUGCUGUAAGUAGACAAAGUAGCAAUGUAAGCGAUGCUAGUGGGAAGUCAACGGGGAGUUCUUGGAAGUUCACUGCAAAUAGGAAAAAAAACCAGACAGAUGCAUGGUUUUCUUGCAUAGGGAAAGGAUCUUGUCGAAGUCGAACUACUAAAAAGUCUCCUGAAAGAGCUUUUGAUGAAGCUUCUUUUAUUGAAAAGGCUUUUGUUGUUGAAAGUCUUAGACAAUUUUGGGCUGAUAAACAUCAACCUUCUUCAUUGGAUGGAUUUGCUUGCCAUAAACAAGAAGCCCUGCAACUUAAACAACUUGCAUCACAAGAAAUAUUUCCACAUAUUCUUUUCAAGGGGCCUCAAGGUUCAGGGAGGAAGGCAUUGACAAUGGCCCUACUACGUGAGAUAUAUGGAGAUGCUGCUCGAAAUAUAUCUCAUGAUUUAAGAUACUUCCAGAUUCAGGAAACAAGGUUGACUCAAGUAGCUGUUCCUGUAACUUCAAGUGUGCAUCAUGUAGAGCUUAAUGUGUAUCUGGAAGCUAAUGCCAGAUAUGCCCUUAUGGCUUCAGUUAAACAAAUAAGUAGCAACCAUUCAGUUGCUCCUGAGAUUAGUACAGUUAAUUUGAAGCCAGAUUUUACAGUUAUGGUCCUUUAUGAUGUUGAUAAAGCUGAUGAAAGCAUUCAGCACUUGAUAAAGUGGAUCAUGGAUUGCUAUUCAGAUGUUUGUAAACUUGUCCUUUGUUGUGAGGAUGAUCUCCAUAUUCUUGAACCUGUCAAAACUAGGUGCCACGUCAUCAAACUUGAUCCUCCAGUGACUCAUGAAAUCAUGGAAGUUCUUAUUCAAAUAGCAAGGAAAGAAAACUUUGAUUUACCAAUGAAAUUUGCUGCAAAAAUUGCUAAUAAAUCCAAACAGAAUUUAAGGAAAGCAAUCAUGGCUCUUGAAGCAUCCAAGUCUCACAACUAUCCUUUUGUAGAAGAUCAACCAAUUGCAAUAGGAUGGGAAAAUGUCCUAAUUGACCUUGCUGCUGAGAUCCUAGCUGAUCCAUCAUCUAAGAGGCUAUUUCUCAUACGUGGAAAGCUACAAAAACUUCUGGUGGAGUUUGUUCACCCAAAAUUGAUUCUUUUGAAACUGAUUGAACAGUUCCUCAAAGGUGUAGAAGCUUCCAUCAAAAGGGAACUAUAUUAUUGGCAUGGUUAUUAUGAUAAGAGACUCCCGGUUGGAACCAGUGCCUUACUAAAAUUAGAAGAGUUUGUUGCCAAAUUCAUGAGUAUACACCGCAAGAAUUUACUUAAUCGUCAGUGA